AUGGCUCUAGCUGUUAUCCUCCAGGGAUGGCGUUUGGACAUGAUGUGGAUUCAUGUUUAUCUGAGCGAAAUGAACGCGGAAUUGCUGCCGUAUAUAACGAAACUUGUGUCCAGCAUGGGCGAGUCAUUGAUAUUGGCGUGGUCAGUGAAAGAUGACACCAGUGACUCUGAAGAGCACGACGAUGAAGGCUUGCAGAAGUUUGGCAUACAGCAUCGUCAUUCGUCUGAAAUGUUGUAUUAUCGAUUUUUGGAGAAGAUCAUUGGUGACGAAAAAGAAAGGUCACAGUCGAACGACAUUGCGAAUGCGUUGAAAUUGGAGCAGUUCCACAGGUCAUUGUUUGCGUGUAGCGCAGAAACUGUGCGGUAUUUGUACGGAAACAAGAAAUCGUUUCCAUGGUUGCUGGGCGUUUUCAACAUUCAAGCAUUUCAUUUCUACAAAAUCAUCGAAGUGGUCAUACGUGCUGACCUGGAGUUGAAUCGCGACACUGUCAAGCAUUUAAACGAUAUUGAAGAACGUGUACUGGAAGAACUGGCAUGGACGAAGGACUCGGUGUUGUGGUCUGAGAAAAGCAUUGACAGUGUGCCGCCAUGUAGCCAGGUAUCGCUUCCUUCAGAGGCUUGUGCUUCUGUCGGCCUCAGUACUCGAACAACUUGUCAAAAGCCAGGGCCAUCGACCGAUGCGAAAAGCGUUACCGUCACGAAACCGGUUGGUUCAGUGAAACGGCGGCUCGAUUUAGACCCUUCUUGCUCAUUCAAAGUUAGCGCUAUUCCUGUGAGAGCAACGCCUACGAAUUGCGAAAAUCGCGAACCCUUACGCUCUGGUAGCACCCUGCCGAUUCCUGCUGUUGAGUCAGCUCCACCUACGCCAAAUCCUCAUGGCGAAGAACGCGGCGAUCUGAUAAAGUUUUACAACUCAAUUUUUGUUGCUAGAGCGGAGCAUUACGUGAAGAGGAUCAGAUCUAAUGGAAAAAAAUCAUCUAUGGAAGUAACUGCGGAGGAAGGGUUUGAUUAUCGCUACAAAGAUCUGAAAACUAUAAAUAACAUGAUGGACGAGGCGGAAGAAGCUGCCGACGAUGGAAGGAAAGAUACUUAUAGUACUAAGAGACUUUUGAACUUCGACAUCAAAGCAUCCACUUUACCGCCAACAUUCUUGAAGAAAUGGCAAGAAAUGGAGAAAGAGCUUGUUGAUGACUGCCUUUAA